UGAUCUCGUCGCUUCUCUCUGUGGAAAUUUGUCAUGGCGGAAGAGUCGAUGACAAGCAGAGAUGACGAACAGGUUGUUAACCCGUGGGAGGUGACGGCGAAGGACGGUGGUAUGACAAGUUGAUCGAGACGUUCGGGUGCCAGAGGCUGGAAGAAUCGCUUGUGCAGCGCGUCGAGCGGCUCACCGGUCGCCCCGCUCAUGUCUUCCUCCGCCGCGGCGCCUUUUUCGCCCAUAGGGAUUUUAAUGAGAUAGUAGAUGUAUAUGAGAGGGGCGAGAAGAUCUUCCUCUACAUUGGGAGAGGUCCCUCUUCCGAGGCGUUGCAUUUGGGACAUUUGGUUCCCUUCAUGUUCACCAACAGGAAAUAAUCCGUGUGAGAUGAUUCAGGUACUUGAUAUUCCUAUCAAGUACCUGAGUUUCUUUCUUGAAGAUGAUGCCAAACUUGAUCACAUAAAGAAGGAGUAUGGAGCUGGGCGAAUGUUAACUGGUGAAGUAAAAAAGUGUCUCAUAGAGGUUCUGUCUGAAAUGGUAGAGAGGCAUUGCAAGGCUCGGGCAUUGGUCACUGAUGAGGUAGUUGAUGCCUUCAUGGCUGUGAGACACUCUUCCCUACAUGUUCAGCUAGGAAGGCUUUGUGAGACAAUUUUCACCAGCAGCUAAACAUUAAAUUGCAUUUCGUUCCUUGAACUAACAAUCAUCCAAUUUAUGAAAUGGAAGUGUUUAUUGGUAGAACAUUAUAGUUUUGUAAUUUAGUUAUCAUUAAGUUUCAAAUUGAGUACUUCUAG